ACAAAAUGGCGCACACUCAACGACAUUCGGGCACGCCAAUUUCUAAAAACAAACCAAAAAUUGGCAUGGGUUCCAUCGUUUGCAAAGAGGCUGAAAUACGGGGUGAAGUAGUGAUCGGUUCAAAAACGGUUAUUCACCCGAAGGCACGUAUCUUGGCUUUGAAUGGACCAAUCAAAAUCGGGGAUGGUAAUUUGAUAGAGGAACAAACGUGUAUUAUAAACCAAGGUGACAAUGGUGAAGGUGAUUUGACUGUUAUGGAGAUAGGAAAUAAUAAUUUCUUUGAAGUUGGUAGCCACUGCGAAGCAAUCAAAGUUGGCAAUAAUAAUAUACUGGAGUGUAAGUCUAAAGUGGGUCAACAGGUUAUUCUCGGCGAUGGUUGUGUCAUUGGUGCCUGCUGUGAAUUGACGACGAAUGAGACUUUACCGGACAAUACAGUGGUGUUCGGCAAAGACUGUCAGAGAAGGGUGCAGUCUGAACGACCACUUGCACAAACAUUGCAAUUGGAUUUUUUGACUAAAGUAUUGCCUAAUUACCAUCAUUUACAGAAGAGUUCAAGAAAUUAGAUAUUAAGAGAUUUUUAGGACAGAUAGGACAUUGUUGUAAAACAUAUUGCCAAACUAUUUCAUUAUAAUGACUAACAAAAUGGAACAAUGCAAAAACCAUUGAUAUAUUAUAACUAUGAUGUUACUGCUAGAACAAUAACCUGUAUAUU